AUGUCUGCAAAAUCCGUCCUCGAGGCCGACGGCAAGGCCAUCCUAAACUACCACCUCACCCGCGCCCCAGCAAUCACCCAGUCCACCCUCCCUCCUCCACCACACAAUGCCCCUCCAAAGCUUGCUUCCUUAUAUUUCCCAGAAGAUGUUGCUCCAGAGACCAUUCUUCAGACCGCAGAGGCUACACACCCAUGGCUUCUCGCUCCCGGUGCCAGAUUUGUUGCAAAGCCCGAUCAGCUCAUCAAGCGAAGGGGUAAGAGCGGUCUUUUGGCAUUGAACAAGACCUGGGAAGAUGCCAGGCAGUGGGUUUUGGAGAGAGCUGGAAAGCCGGUAAAGGUUGAGACCGUGACUGGAACAUUGAGACAAUUCCUUGUCGAGCCGUUUGUACCACACAAGCAGGAAGAAGAGUACUAUGUGAAUAUUCACAGUUUGAGAGAGGGUGAUUACAUUCUAUUCACACAUGAAGGAGGUGUCGAUGUCGGUGAUGUCGAUGCCAAAGCCAAGAAGAUCCUGAUCCCAGUCGAUUUGAAGGACGCUUCAAGAUAUCCCUCGAAUGAAGAAAUCGCAGCUGCUCUCCUCCCAGAUGUCCCAGAAUUCGUCCACAACGUUCUAGUAGAUUUCAUCAACCGUCUCUACGCCGUCUAUGUUGACUCUCAAUUCACCUACUUGGAAAUCAACCCAUUGGUUGUUAUCCCCAACGAGGAUGCUACUUCGGCCUCUGUCCACUUCCUAGAUCUAGCGGCCAAGAUUGAUCAGACUGCUGAGUUCGAGUGUGGUUCCAAAUGGGCCGUCGCAAGAGGUCCUGCUGCAUUAGGCAUCAACCCUGCGGUUCUUGGCGGUGGAAAGGUCGAUAUCGAUGCCGGUCCACCACUGGAGUUCCCAGCUCCAUUCGGACGUGAGCUAUCAAAGGAAGAAGCUUACAUUGCUGCCCUGGACGCCAAAACUGGUGCCUCCCUCAAGCUCACAGUCCUGAACUCCAACGGCCGUAUUUGGACUCUUGUAGCUGGUGGUGGUGCUUCUGUCGUCUAUGCUGACGCGAUCGCUGCCGCUGGCUUCGGUGAGGAUCUCGCCAACUAUGGUGAAUACUCCGGUGCCCCUACAGAAACCCAGACCUUCUACUACGCCCGCACAGUCAUCGACCUCCUCCUCCGCUCACCUAUGCGUGAGGAAGGCAAGGUUCUGUUCAUCGGUGGCGGUAUCGCCAACUUCACAAAUGUCGCAUCCACAUUCAAGGGUGUCAUCAGGGCGUUGCGAGAAUUCGCACCGCAGCUAGUUGACCACAAGACCAAGAUCUGGGUGCGAAGAGCCGGUCCUAACUACCAGGAAGGUUUGAAGAACAUUAAGGCCGCAGGAGAUGAGUUGAAGCUAGACAUCAAGGUCUACGGACCAGAGAUGGGUGUUGCAGAGAUUGUUCCGGUAGCAUUGCUUGGUGCUACCACCAAGGUCAAGGAAUACGGCGAGAUCUAA